UUCUUCCUCCUGUGUGACGUCAGCGAGGUGUUCUCAACCGCGGAACAAAUGUUGUCCAAACACGUGUUUCACUGGGACAAUAGUGAGUGGUGCACACUUCCUCUGCCCAGCCACAGAACAAAAAAAGUCUCUUUUAAGAGUUGCUGGUGUAACAAUAAGAAGAAUAUAUUCCACUCCUCUCUUGUACAUGCGGCUUAUGAGACGUCCAACAGAUGAACGCUCUUCAAGAAGAACGUCCCUUUCAGCAGCAGGGGGGCUCCUCUUUGAGGCAGGCGGAUCCUCAGCCCCCCUACAUUAAAGAGGAAGAGGAGGAUCUCUGGGUUACUCAGGAGGGAGAGUGUGUUGUAGGGCAGGAGGAGGAUGAUGUCAUGACUGUUGUCUCUGUGAAGACUGAAGAGCAUGAAGACAAAGCACCUGAGUCCUCACAGCUUCAUCACAGUCCAAACAUCCAUCAGCUGAUUGGACACCAAGAAGAAUGUCUCCCUCAUCUGCAGGGGGACAGUUUCACUUUAGAGGAUCCACAGCCCUCACAUUUUAAAGGGGACAAGGAGGAUCCACAGCCCCUAUAUUUUGAAGAGGAAGAGGGAGAGUGUCCUGUAGGGCAGGAGGAGGAUGAUGUCAUGACUGUUGUCUCUGUGAAGACUGAAGAGCAUGAAGACAAAGCACGUGAGUCCUCACAGCUUCAUCACAGUCCAAUUGCCUCGCAGCAGCAGUUUCUGUCUUCCAGCCUGCUAAAACAUCCAAGGACGGACUUCAAGUACCUCAACGAAGAUAAGACGACAACACGCAGACAAAGUAGAGCCAGGGCGAAAUCUCCAGCUCAGCACAUUUGCAUUGUGAAUAAUCACGUAUUGUGAUACUGGGGCUGCUUGCGUAAUAUGUGUCCCCUCCCCCUAGAAGCAGCCUCAGUGAUGUUAACUAGGGAACUCCUGAAUAAAUAGAGGAGCACGUGGGACCGCCCCUCAGAGCGUGGUGGGAGACUGUAACUGAGUGUGCAGCCCCAAACGUUUCUCCUCAUGAGCAAAAUUAAACUCUGUCUCUGCCUGAUUCCUUGCUUCUUGUCUCGUUUAAUAGAUAGUUCCGUGUUUGAACCUGACGUAUUUGUAUUCAGUCACGUGACUUCUUCCGGGAAGUGAAAAACUUGGUGGUCAACCAAGCCAAGAUGGUUGUUGUGCAGCUAGCAACUCUCUGAAUACACAAAGGGCCUAGAUCAGGGGCAUCAAACAUACGGCCCACGGGCCGGAUCAGGCCCUCCAACAGGUUUUAUCCAGUCCGCGGGAUGAGUUUGCUAAGUACAAAAAUGAGUCGAAAUUUUUGAAUGAAAGAAACUGCUGUUCUAAAUGUGUCCUCUAGAUGUCGCAAUAGCAAUUCUUUGUAUCUUUGUAGAUGAUGCUACAUGUGUAAAACACAACUAAAACCCAUGAUGUUAGCGCACCAGUCGGGGAAAAUGAGCAAACUACAUCAAUAACAUCCUGUAAUUGGAUUUUGAUAUUAUUUAUUCAUCUUGAUAGAUUUAAAAUGAACACCAAUGAGUUGACUGAUGAACAUUAUCACAUAAUUGAUUAUGAAAGUGUAAAACAGGACAAAUAAAGAUAGAAUACUAUUGUAUGUAAAAAAAAAACAUGAUUUUUACAUUUUCAGAAUGUGUUUGUUCUAUUUUUAAACAAAGAAAACAAUCUGCAGUUGUCUUUAUUUUUAAGUUAUCUUGCCGUCAUUUUACCAGUCCGGCCCACUUGGGAGUAGAUUUUUCUCCAUGUGGCCCCCCAUCUAAAAUUAGUUUAAACACCCCUGGCCUAGAUCUUCCUGCGAA